UUGGGCGCCCACCCAAGUAUUCCAGCAGUGCACCAUGUUCCCCAAAGACCACAUCUCCUGUACCCAAUGGGUUAGGGGAACCAGGAAACAAGAGGUUCAAGUACAGACGUUUUAUCACUGAGGAUUCUCCCCCAGAUGAGGAUGACGAUCAUGAGAAUGCAUGUACAGUUUGUAAGUCUAAUGGUGAGCUACUUAUGUGUGAUACCUGUAAUCUAGUGUACCAUUUGAAGUGCCUGGACCCACCCCUCACGGGGAUACCCUCAGGAAUGUGGAUUUGUCCAAAAUGCAAGGUGAGAAGUAUAGACAAAGCAGUCAUGAAACUUAGGGCUAAUACAGAUUGAAAAUUAUCUAGUGCAUACCAAAAAUUCGUGAAAAACGUUGUACGAAAUUA